UAUACAAAGACGCAACAAAAUAGUCUGAGCUAGCGGGCGAGCUUCGUCCCCUGGGCCGCCAGCUGGCCGGGCUCCGGGCUCCAGGUGCUCUUGUUUACUUUGUCUCGCCUCGCUUUCUUACACUAAACAAACAUGUUAACGGACGACGAGUUGUCCAGACUGGCUGAGCAAGCAAUAUUGAAGGAAGCCAAAAGAGGUGCCGAGAGAGCUGAGAUUUGCGGUCCAUCUGGAUGGCUUAAGUGUAACCUGCCUUCCACAAACAAGACCUUCCUUCACAAUACCCUCCUCGGUACUUUGGCUGCUAACCGUGUUAAAGAGAAGCGGGAUAGAAACCGCAGUGAAGAUGGGAAACGCAGACGACAAAUGGAGGAGAAAGAGAAAAAUACGUACAAGAGGCUGUAUAUUCAAGCAAGUACAAAGCCCAAAAAUAGCCAAGCAGUAAAAAAUCGAGAAUACUCUGCAGAGAUUUGUAAAGUUUCUAAUAAGGAUUACAAAACGACAAAUUUCCAGAGUGACAAGAUUAUAAUGUGGAAUGAAACGGGCUUGGAGCUAAAAAAUUGCAAUAUUCAAUUAACUAAUGACAAAAAAUCCAAGUUGCUUAAUAAAACUGCUAAUAAGAAAAAUAAUUCCAAUAUACCUGUAUUGCCAAGAAGUAUACAUUUUAUAUCGGGUUCGGUUAACAAUACCCGAGGCAAUGGAAAAAGAUGAAUGUUUCUUCAUCAAAUAUUUAUAGUGACUUAUAGUUUUAUAUAUAUAUAUAUAAAACCUCAUAUUUGAUGUAAACUGACUUAUUCUAAUGAGGAUUUGUUAAUGUAUUUUAUUAUCUUGCAUAUAUUUUGUCUCAUAAUUAAGACAAAUUUCAUCUAGAUAUAUAAAGGCAGCAGUCUCAUAGGGAAAUAAAUGUAUUAUUUUGUUC